AUGGACUUCCCGGCCCAUCAGUUCAACAAUAAUUCAGCCCCGCCGGCCGGCGUCCCCAACGGUCAGACCCCUCAGGGCGGUACAGUGCCUCAACAUGUUCUCCCAGCUCCUAACGAGAUGCUCCCUAACCCCUUCGCGGUAGCGGAGCGUAUCUUUGGCCAAGCCGGCCUCAAACCAGAGCAAAUUGCCAGUAUUCUGAAGGCAGCUCAGCCAGUCGUCGGUAGCAAGUAUGUGCGCUUAUUCAGCCCGUCACAGGAGAAGUGUCUUUACCCUCUCCAGCGAGGUAUCCUCACUAACAAUUCCACUCUGCCGACUGACAUCCUCACUGAACCUAUCGACACCGAGAGAUAUCCCUUAUAUAAGGAGGCGACAUACUCGGAAGCCAUUCUGAAUGCCGGCGAUGCGCUGUUUUUACCGAGUAACUGGUGGCAUUUUAUUAAAAGCUACGAAGUAACGGCCAGUAUUGCACAUUUCUUGAAGAAACAGCGUGACAGCGGUAAUGCUGAGAUAAUAUCAGCCAGGCCGCAUCAGCAUGCCAACUAA